AAAAGGAGGAGGAGGAGAGUUUGCUACGGAAAAGUCUCACCUUGGUCUGAAACAGUUUCAAGCGUUUCUGCAGGAUCGGAGCUGCCCGGCUCGGGGGAGGGGAGGAGGCAGGCGGAGUGGGAGGGAGAUCUUUAGCUACCUACAUGUCUAUAUUUUAUUUAUUUUCCGCUUGCUCUUAUUUUAUUCCAGCAGAACGUCUCAGCCCCUCCUCCCCCUCCCUCUCCAGGUUGAUCGGCUGAAAUGAGGCUUUGCGAGCUGAUCCCUUCGCGGGCUUCAAACCAGAGCUCGGCCCCGCGCAGGCGGCAGCGGCUCGGGGCUCCUCGGAGCUGAAGCACAGCGGAGCCGAGCAGGACACCGCGGAGUGGAGUGGGGCGGAGGCCCCGCGGAAACUUCGCUUGGAAAAUAAACCUCCGCCGCUUUCCUGGGGAUCCACGUGAGAACAGGAAAGCCCGGCUGCAAGAUCCCAGCGCUGCUGCCUGCUGCAGUUUUACUUUUUGUUUGCCUUGACUGUUUUUUUUUUCUUCUGUUUGUUUGUUCUUACUUUCAUUUUGGAACCGGUUCCCAGCUCCUUGGCUGAACUUCUGGAGAGCAAUGGACCUUUUAUAUUGCCUUCCUCUGUUUUAAGCAAACUAUGGACGCUUAAACUUUCCUCUUUCCCCCUCCCCCUCGCUCCUUAACCCCCACCCAUCAGCUCAUAGGGCUAACACUGCAAAGCAGACGCAGCAGUGGGAGAAAUACACAGCCACUGACUUAUUUUCCCGUCUCCUAAAUUGCAGUUAGUUCUUCUCAUCGUCCUCCUCAUCACUCAUUCUCUCCAGCUUUUUCGGCUGCCGGGUGUCUAUGUGUGCAUUGUUUUAUCUGAUCUCAAUUCUUUUGUUGUUGUUGAAAUGCCAUGCACUGCUUAUCUAGAGAGAAAGCUAUAUGGAGAUAGAGGCAUAUAGUGAAUGCGCGUGUGUUUCCAUAAGACUAUCAAGGGAGCAGAUCAGAAGCAGCCCGGAUCCUGACCCUGACUGUAUGAAUAAGUAAGCAGGAUGCUGACGACUGUGUGUUAGUUGCCUGUAAGGUUUUCGUAAGUUAAAAGGGGACGGAGAAGCGGGGGACAGACCAGAGACACAGCUUAGAGUAAGUGUUUGUGCAGGGGAGGGGGGGAAAGCUCUAAUACUUUGCUCCCUCCUCCAGCAUAGCUGCUGCCUCCCAUCACUAGGGCUCCGCGGUUUGCUCUAGUGCACCCCACCCCUUCUCUCCCUUUUCUUUCUUUCUUUCCUUUUUUCUUUCUCUUCCCCCCUCUCCCCGCAGUAGUUUGCUGAUGUGCAGCCCGGAUCCAUCUAUUGGCAGCAGCAGCGGGACCGGGGUCGGCGGGCGCGGAGCGGGACGCGAGCAGCGGCCGCCACCUCCUCCUCCUCCGCGGGAAGUUUGGCUGGGGUUUGACAGAGUCGAGGGGGCGCCCUGACAGACAGGAUCUCCCGGCCUGAGUCCACCCCCAGCUCCCACCCAGCGACUUCUCCCCGGCGAGGUGGCUGGCUGGGGGCAGAGGGGCACCGGCGCUCAUGCUUCUCGCUCCGUGUACACCCGUCUGACGGGCUACCUAAGCACCGUGUCUUCGAAGAGCCUCCAGGUGAAGAAGGAAAAGAAUCCCCAAACACCUCCCUCCAAACCCUGUGGUUCCUCCAUCCAUUACCCUCCUUUCCCAAGCCGACGUGGACAGCUGAGCCGGCCGCCUAAUUCAUCUGCACCCUGCCUACCGUCUCUCUGCCCGAGGGAGGAUGAAAAUGCUUUGCUGGAGGAUGGCACUGUGGCUGGCCGGGUGGACUGUCUGUGGGAAGCCUUCCUCCUGUUUUGGCCUUGAUUAUGACUACACUUAUGAUUUCACUGAAGAGGAUAAAGCUGAGGGGAUAGAUUAUAAGGAUCCUUGCAAAGCCGCUGUCUUUUGGGGAGAUAUUGCCUUAGAUGAUGAAGACUUAAAAAUCUUUCAAAUUGACAGGACAAUUGAUCUUACGCAGCACUCCAACGAAAGACUUGGCCAUAACACAGGUGGCUUUGGAGAGCAUGGAAAGUCAAAAAAAAGAGGUGCCCUCUAUCAGCUUAUAGACAGGAUAAGAAGAUUUGGCUCUGGCUUUGAGCAAAAUAAUACAUCUAAAGGAAGAACUACUGUAAAAUUCUCAGGGAAAAAUGAGAAAAACAGAUUUCCCAGAGCUGCUACAUCACGAACAGAAAGAAUAUGGCCAGGGGGUGUCAUUCCAUAUGUAAUAGGUGGAAAUUUCACUGGCACCCAGCGCGCCAUGUUCAAACAGGCGAUGCGGCACUGGGAAAAGUACACGUGCGUUACAUUUAUUGAACGAAGUGAUGAAGAAAGUUAUAUUGUAUUUACAUACAGACCAUGUGGGUGCUGUUCUUACGUGGGUCGAAGGGGAAAUGGCCCUCAGGCUAUAUCUAUUGGCAAGAACUGUGAUAAAUUUGGUAUAGUUGUCCAUGAGUUGGGUCACGUGAUAGGUUUUUGGCACGAACAUACACGACCAGACCGUGAUGACCAUGUCACCAUCAUUAGAGAAAAUAUCCAGCCUGGUCAAGAAUACAACUUCCUGAAGAUGGAGCCUGGAGAGGUGAACUCCCUUGGGGAACCGUAUGACUUUGACAGCAUAAUGCACUAUGCCAGGAACACCUUCUCAAGGGGCAUGUUUCUGGAUACCAUUCUCCCUUCCCGUGAUGAUAAUGGUAUACGACCUGCCAUUGGCCAGCGUACUCGUCUAAGUAAAGGAGAUAUUGCACAGGCAAGAAAGCUGUAUAGAUGUCCAGCCUGUGGAGAAACACUGCAGGAAUCUACAGGCAACUUUUCUUCUCCAGGAUUUCCAAAUGGUUACCCUUCCUACACACACUGCAUAUGGAGAAUCUCUGUGACCCCAGGGGAGAAGAUUGUUUUAAACUUCACCACCAUGGACCUUUACAAGAGCAGUCUCUGUUGGUACGAUUAUAUUGAAGUAAGAGAUGGCUACUGGAGAAAAUCACCUCUGCUUGGCAGGUUUUGUGGUGACAAACUGCCAGAAGUCCUCGCAUCCUCGGACAGUAGGAUGUGGAUCGAGUUCCGCAGCAGCAGCAACUGGGUUGGGAAAGGUUUUGCAGCAAUCUAUGAAGCUAUCUGUGGAGGUGAAAUCCACAAAAAUGAAGGCCAGAUCCAGUCUCCCAAUUAUCCUGAUGACUACAGACCAAUGAAGGAAUGUGUGUGGAAAAUAACAGUAUCAGAAAACUACAAUGUUGGAUUAACCUUUCAAGCAUUUGAGAUUGAAAGACACGAUAACUGUGCAUAUGACUACUUGGAAAUUCGAGAUGGAACAAAUGAAAACAGUCCUUUAAUUGGUCACUUUUGUGGCUAUGACAAACCAGAAGACAUUAGAUCUACCUCUAAUACCCUGUGGAUGAAGUUUGUUUCUGAUGGAACUGUCAACAAAGCAGGGUUUGCAGCUAACUUUUUUAAAGAGGAAGAUGAAUGUGCCAAACCUGACAAUGGUGGCUGUGAGCAGCGCUGUGUAAAUACUCUGGGCAGUUACCAGUGCGCCUGUGAUCCUGGUUAUGAACUUGGUCCUGACAAAAAGAGCUGUGAAGCUGCUUGUGGAGGACUCCUGACAAAGCUAAACGGGACUAUAACCACACCAGGGUGGCCCAAAGAGUAUCCUCCAAACAAAAACUGUGUGUGGCAGGUGGUUGCCCCAACGCAAUACCGAAUUUCAAUGAAGUUUGAGUUUUUUGAGUUAGAAGGGAAUGAAGUUUGCAAGUAUGAUUAUGUGGAGAUUCGUAGUGGCCUUUCUUCUGAUUCUAAACUCCAUGGUAAAUUCUGCGGUACAGAAGUGCCUGAAGUUAUCACUUCUCAGUACAACAACAUGCGAAUUGAGUUCAGAUCUGACAACACUGUGUCAAAAAAAGGCUUCAAAGCACACUUCUUCUCAGACAAGGAUGAGUGUUCAAAGGACAAUGGUGGCUGCCAGCAUGAGUGCAUCAACACCGUAGGAAGCUAUGUUUGCCAGUGCCGAAAUGGAUUUGUGCUACAUGAAAACAAACAUGACUGCAAGGAGGCUGAAUGUGAACAGAAGAUCCAUAGUCCCAAUGGCAUCAUCACAAGUCCCAACUGGCCCGACAAGUAUCCCAGCAGAAAGGAGUGCACAUGGGAAAUCAGUGCCACCCCAGGGCAGAGGGUCAAGUUGACCUUUAAUGAAUUUGAGAUAGAACAACAUCAAGAAUGUGCUUAUGACCACUUGGAAGUGUUUGAUGGUGAAAGCGAAAAAGCACCAAUUCUGGGACGUUUAUGUGGCAAUAAGAUACCAGAUCCUCUUAUUGCUACUGGAAACAAAAUGUUUCUCCGCUUUGUUUCUGAUGCAUCGGUUCAAAGAAAAGGCUUCCAAGCAACACACUCUACAGAAUGUGGUGGUCGGCUGAAAGCUGAAACCAAGCCCAAAGAUCUGUACUCGCAUGCUCAGUUUGGCGAUAACAACUAUCCUGUCCAGGCAGACUGUGACUGGCUAUUGGUGGCAGAGCGCAGCUAUAGAGUUGAGUUAAUGUUUCAGACAUUCGAGGUUGAAGAAGAGGCAGACUGUGGUUACGAUUAUGUGGAACUCUUUGAUGGUCAUGAUAAGACAGCUGUGAGACUUGGUCGAUUUUGUGGAUCUGGGCCACCAGAAGAAAUCUAUUCAGCAGGAGAAGCUCUUUUACUUCACUUUCACACAGAUGAUACAAUCAACAAGAAAGGAUUUCAUAUACGAUACAGAAGUAUAAAAUAUCCAGAUAGUGUGCACACCAAAAAAUAACACAAGAACCUCUAAGCCAGAAAAGGAGAGUGAGAAAGAAAGAACGCACAGUGAAAAGAAACAAAGGUGUGUCUUUUUUCUUAAACUGCAGUUAUUAGCACAGAUAUUUUAUAUGAGUUCAGUUGAAAUGGCAACCAGAGACUGAACUAAAAUUAAAAAAGAAAAUCAGCUAUACCGGAGGAAUAGUCAAGAUGAUGAUGUGAAAGCUCCAUACUUGACUGUUGCUGCAAAGCUUGUGAAAGGACAUUGCAUGCAGGGAGAAUAGAAGAGCUUUUGUUUGUGGUUUGACAUUUGUCAUAGAUGCGUGCAGAUUCAAUCGGUUGCAUUCAGGGGAAGUGACCCUUCAGACCAUUCUUCCUUCUGACAAUUGUAUGGUGUCCAGGAAGAAAAAAAAAAAAAAAGCUCUUUCAGGUCACACAAUCAAAAUACUGUCCUUAUAUUUAGUUGCUUUGACUUUAUAUCCUGCAUAUGGUAUGUACAAGGACUUAAACGAAGAUAAGAGAUGGGAAGGUCUUCCUUCAUUGUUCUGUAUUUUUUACAAAUUCUUCUGUCAUAUCAGGUUAACUGUGUUUUGAAACUGGAAAAUCCUACUUCUGAAACAUAACUGAUCUUUAGAGUAUUUUGUUUUACUAAUGGCUGAGAAGUCUGAACUGUUACAUCGGUCAGUAGUUGACCAAAUUUGGACAGUGUAAGCAUCUAUAAAAUGUUUGGUUUACUAGCUAAGUAAGCUAUCUCUGAUGAUGUGCUCUUAUUUUGCACUGAACAUAGAAAGACUAAGAUGAAAACCUGUCCUGAAUCAAAAUUUGUAUUCAUGAGAAACAGAAAUAGUCAAGAAUCAUAUGAAACUCCUCCUACUGAAUUUCUUUUCAACAAUGCAUUUGGAGCCACUACUAAGCUUUAUUUCUUUGGACCUCUUUUGUGAAUGAGCUAAUUAUCUGGUUUGGCUACGUAGAAAUGAAGCUGCAGUGGUAUUCAAGAGGGAGGUUUCCCAAAGAGCUGUUUUUUUUUCUCUAGGAGUAAAAGUAUCUGUGAUGGUGAAAAGAGCAAAUCAAAAUAACAGACCCAGGAUUUCUUUGUUAUUGAGUGAAUUCCUAUGGUGCUAUUCCAUGAACAUUAAAAACAAACCAAGAACUUUUAGACUUUUGAGCCAACAGCUUGCAGAUCAUGAAUGUCUCACUAUGCCUGGCUGCAUCUGGAGAAGAAAGGUUUUACUGCUUCAACGGAGAGUGGGUUGCAACAGCAGCACUAGUCCUGUGGAACAACUACUACUAUUGCCUUAGAAUCCUCGCACACGGUCAGACAGAUCUUCCUGUAGAUUCACCUCUAAUUUGAUAAAUAUUUCGACGAUUUGGACAUCUUAAUGUACACUAACAAAAGAAUCUUCAAGAGAAAGCCCCAUCUGCAGAGCGAGAUCAUCUGCUGUAAAUACAGUGACCUGCUUUUGAUGUAGAGAUAUGUUACGUUUAGAACUGAGAUAUUCUAUGUGCUUUAGGCCAAACAUGGCUUUAGUCAUAAUGUAUAUGCAUUAUGUAAGUAUUGUGUGAAUGAGUGCUCCAGGGGAGUGAGAGGUAUUGUAUGUGUGAAAUGGAAUUGUUUCUUUAUGUGCCAAGUUCUAUCAGGACUUUGUUUGACUGUAGCAACUUUUCUUUAAAGGCUUCAUAGACAGAUAACAAGGACUUCUAGUUGGCAAGAAUCAAGUUUAAACGAAGUAUUAUGUUUCACUUACAAGAAAUAUUAUUUUGAUAUCCUUUGAUGUAAGUUGCUACUCAGAUUAGCUUAGUUUCUGUUUCCUUACUAUGAACAUACGUUGGCACUAAUAAAUCUGACCCUUUUUUUAUAAAAAUAAAA